AAAGUGCCGGUUGGCGAGCGGUUGUCAUCAGUUUCCAAGCUUUUGGCUUUGUGGAAGAGCGUCUCCCAGCGAGCAGUAACCAGAAUCACCAAGCAAUUUUUGCCAAGCAAAGCAUACGCAUUCUGUCGAAACAACAUUACACCAUCGAAGUAAAUCCCCGAGAGCAGACGAGAUGAGCGAGUUGGCCAAGCAGCAGGAGCAGGAUCGGGAGCAGGCUCCCCAGGAGCUGAUCGACUGCGACAUUGACUUCGAGGAGGUGCCCAGGGAGGAGGCGACCAGGGACCGGCAGGAGAGAGUGCCGGUCAGGUCAUCGGACAAGCGGUACUCCAAGGCCUUCAAGAAGGUGGUCAAGGUGCAGCGCAUGCUGGAGCAGGCCAUGAUCCUGCUGGCUGAGGAGGAGGCCAGGUGCCAGGAGCAGGGCUCCAAGAAGGGAAAGAAACAGCACAAGAAGCAGGCCAAGAAGGACAAGAAGAAGGCAAAGAAGCUGGCCAAGAAGCAGGCCAAGGAGAGGGAGGAGGAGCGGGAGCAGCAGGGGGCAGGGGAGGAUCCGUCGAACUCCUCCUCCAGCUCCUCCAGUUCCAGCUCGUCCAGUUCCAGUUCCAGUUCGAGCUCCAGCUCCAGCUCCGAGGACGAAGAGGUCAACUUCUACGGCUACGGCUGGGGUCGCAAUCCCUGGCGACGAGGACCACAUGGCCACCAUGGCUUUGGUCACAGGAUUGGUCACGGUGUUGGCCACAAACAUGGCCACAAGCAUGGCAACAAGCAUGGUCAUGGACCGCAUCACCAUGGCCGACAUCGCCGCCACCAUCUGGGACCCCACCACCACUAUGGGCACCACCACAUGGGACCCCACUUUGGACCCCAUUUCGGUCCCCACUUUGGACCGCCCCACCCUUUUGACUUCGAUCGGAGGUCCUACCAGGGACCUUGGCAGGAUCAGUGCCAGUUUUUUCGGUCGAUGGGCCUGCCGUGGGCCCUGGACAAUCCCGCGGCCUGCCGGAGGAGCCGAUCGCUGCCUAGAUUUGAGCACGACCAUCGUGGAGAUCUCGGACUCGGAUUCAGAUUUGGACCCGGAUACGGACACGGAAAUGGCCACCCGGGUCGACCAUUUGGCCGUCGAGUAGAGAGAUCCCUAUCCCGUUCUGGCUGCCGCAGGAAGUCCCGGGGCAGAAGGUCCAGGUCCAGUUCCAGUUCCAGUUCCAGUUCCAGUUCCAGCUCCAGCUCCAGCUCCAGUUCUAGCUCUAGCUCCAGUUCUUCCGAGGAGAAGAAGGAAAAAAAGAGGGGAAGGGGCAAGGGCAAGGGCAGAAAGCAGCGCUCCUCCUCCAGCUCUUCUUCGAGCUCCAGCUCUAUUUCGGACAGCCAAGUGCAGAGAAGGCAUGGACCUCCCCAUGGGCACCGUCAUCAUGGAGGUCGCGGCCACCAUCAUGGCCCAGACCAUGGCCCACACCAUGGGCCACACCAUGGCCCACACCAUGGCCCACACCAUGGGCCACACCAUGGCCCACACCAUGGCCCACACCAUGGGCCACACCAUGGUCCACACCAUGGGCCACACCAUGGGCCACACCAUGGGCCACACCAUGGGCCACACCAUGGGCCACACCAUGGCCCUCAUCAUUGGUUUGGACCGGAGUUUUCCUUUCCCCAAGGAGAACGUACUGAACGACCGCCCUUUCUAACCCACGGACUUCAUGAACACCACGGUAAUUUAGGUCAAUUUUUUGGACCACCAGCCGACUUUCUUGGUCGUCGCGAUCGUUCACCAUCCCUGUCCCACUGCCUCAAGGAAAACCGGGAGAGAUCAAAGUCCCGUGGCCAGGAAAAGAGCGAGAAGGCCGAGAAUCAAAACUGCUCGGGCAAGGAAAAGAGCAAGAAGGGCAAGAAGAAGCACGGAAAACAUGGAAAACAUGGAAAACAAGGUCAUGGACAUCAUGGACACCAUCGUGGUUAGCUGAUAACAGCCAGCAUUUAAUACACAAACGAUUCUUUCAGUAUAUCUGUAUAACCUCUUAUAUGUAUUCCUUUCUAAGCACUUUCAAUGCUAUACCCAUAAAAAGCUUUAUUAUUAUAUAGAAACAACAAAAAACAUUUAAAAUUAUAUAUCAACAAAAAAAAAUGUUAAUAAAACCAAAGACCAAAUCAAUUUAUAUUGUUUUUUUUGUGGAAGGGCAGAGUAUUGUGACACCAUUUAAAAACCAGCAUUUCAUCAAUUAUUAUCUUGUUUUAAAUGUGUAUUUUUCACUACCAGCUGCUUUUGGCAUUAGUGAGCUGUUGAACUCCGUUCCUGCCAAUAAUUAUAUUAUUUAAUUAUAUUUGACCACUCGGUUGGGUGAAGCACGCAAAUGACUAAAUUGCAUUAUUAAUGCAUCGAAAGUGAUAAGAGCAGCAAAGCCGCAAAAAAGAGGACAAAAAGGCCAAAACAAAUUUAAUCCAAUUUAGAGGCAUUAAAAUUCUCAAAGGGAGGAGAAAAACAAUUUAAACUAAGUAAUGACCGACGAGUAAUUAGUCUACUAGUGCAGAGGAGGA